GGCAGGCAGAGGCGUUAGCGGUUAGCGGCAGCUAUGGAAGCCCAGCGCGACCAGGAGGCCGCAGCCGUGCCGCUCCUCGCCGCGCCGGCGGCUGGGAGGCGGAGCCCCGCCGCCGACGCGCACAUCCUCUCCGCCGCUUUUCUCUUCGUCUUCUCCGCCUACAGCGCCGCCCAGAACCUCGAGAGCACCGUCAACACGAAGGGCGACCUGGGCACCUUCUCGUUGGGGAUCCUGUACACCUCCUUCACGCUCUUCGCGGUGGUCGCGUCGCCGGUGGUGACUCGGCUGGGGCCCAAGCGCGCGCUCGUCGUCGGCAGCAGCGGCUACGUGCUCUUCAUCCUCGCCAACCUCGUCCCGACAUGGUACACAAUGGUGCCAGCUUCAUUGUACCUUGGUUUUUGUGCAUCGAUCAUUUGGGUUGGGCAGGGUACAUAUCUUACAUCGGCUGCCCUCAGUCAUGCAAGAGACAAUAAUUUGCCUGAGGGUCGAACUUUGGGGAACUUCACCGGGGAGUUCUGGGGAAUUAUGGCUAGCACGCAGGUCAUUGGAAAUUUGCUCUCGCUUGCUCUACUGAGAAAUGGAAAGGAUGGAGGAAGUGUCACGGGGGAAAAUCUAUUAUUUGUUGUGUUUCUUGGCUGCAUGAUAGUGGGUAUUGUAUUAAUGUGCUUACUGUCCAAAAGAGAGGAGAAAGGAGAUAAUGAUCAAUUGCAUUCCUCAUUUGGAGCUAUGUUGAAGUAUAUUGUUGCCCCACUGAAGGACCGAAGAAUGCUUCUUAUUAUCCCUCUUAUGGUAUAUAUAGGCCUCGAACAUGCGUUUGUCUGGGCUGUAUUCACAAAGAGCAUUGUAACACCUGCGCUUGGCAUUUCUGGAGUUGGUGGAGCCAUGGCAAUCUUUGGUGCAGCUGGUACAGUUUGUGCAUUGGUUACUGGAUAUUUGACCUCUGGACUUUAUUCAGCUACACUAAUAGUGUCAUUCGGAGCUAUUGCCCAUGCUGUAGUCCUAUUUUGGUUGCUUCUUUUUUACAGCCCAAUGGUUGGAGUGCUUGGCGCAGCGGUUCCGCUACUCAUAGGCGCCUUAUGGGGUGUUGGUGAUGGGAUGUUGAAUACAGAGUUAAAUGCAGUCGUUGGACUUUUGUUUGAAGAUUCCAAGGAAGCUUCCUUUGCACAGUUCAAGGUCUGGGAAUGUGGUGCUAUUGCCGUCAUCUUCUUCCUGAGCCCGCACAUCACGCUACAGGCCAUGCUCAUCUUGAUGACCGCGGCCCUCUUCAUCUCACUCGGCGCAUUCCUGCUCCUCACCAUUUUCGUCGAGAAGUCAUCGCCUGUCAGAUCCUGAGGCAAAUCUGUUAUCAUUAAUCAAUGCACAACCAAACCGGCGCCCGACCUCGCAUCUUCGUCCGUGUUACCAGCAGCGUGCACUGCCUCAUUUUGUGUUCACCAGCAGCAUGGAAGCGAAAUGCCUCGUCCAUCAUAUAUGAGCUGCGACUUGUGAAACCAUGUCUUGCCAUGCCAUUCGGUUCAAACAUUGAUGAAGUAAAUUUUUAGCAGGUCUACUGUAUCUGUAUGGGGGAACCGACAACUGGGCUUCAUGGAUGCAUGUGCUACUGAGCUGGGGAUCCUGCAGAUAUUUUGUGUUAGACGAGUACAUGGAUUUUGUGUACUCAAAAAUUAUUUACUACUACUUCACAGAACUGUACAUUUUUAAACCGAAAUGGGAAUAGAACUUACGGAGUUGUACAUGA